UCCUCCCCGCCGCAUCCUCCAUUCCUCCUUUUUCACGCCCUCCCUCUCCUUCCCCACAUCCUGACCCCAAAACACAUUUCUUUCCUUCCGUCCUUUCCUACCUUCUCGCCCGCUUGCGUGUCUCCGUCCAUUCCGCACCAUUACCUCUCUCUUCCCCCAACAAUGCCGCCGUGGAGGCAGCGCACGCGCGGCCUCCGGCGGUGCUAGAUCCACGGCCAAGCACAGCGGCGGGCGCCGAGCCAGGGAACCCGGCGGGGAGCCCGAGCGGCGGCGGUGGCAGGGAAGAAGAAGAAGAAGGACGUGUCGUCGGGACAGGCGGGCGCGGCCAAUGCACGAGCACGCCGGCGCCAGGGCGUGGGAGGCGACCGUGCGCAAGGUGCAGCAGUACCAGCAGCAUCCGCAGCCCGUGGGCAGGCGCCGGGUGUCCCCGAUGUCGGCGGCGGACGACUCCGAGACGGCGUCCUCCUCAGCGUCGUCCUCGUCGGGCACCGGCGGCGACGAUGCCGAGCACCACGGGUACGUGGAGCGCGGCCUCCCCAACGGCGACUUCUACACGGGGCUGUGGCGCGGGGGCGCGCCGCACGGGGCGGGGAAGUACCUGUGGACGGACGGGUGCAUGUACGAGGGGGAGUGGCGGCACGGCAAGGCCACGGGGCGGGGCAAGUUCUCGUGGCCGUCGGGCGCCACCUACGAGGGCGAGUUCAAGAACGGGUUCAUGGACGGCACCGGCACGUACACAGGCGCCGCCGGGGACACCUACCGGGGGUCCUGGUCCAUGAACCUCAAGCACGGAAACGGCAAGAAGAGCUACGCCAACGGCGACCAGUACGACGGUGAGUGGCGCGCGGGGAUGCAGGACGGCGCCGGCCGCUACACCUGGCGCAACGGCACCGAGUACACGGGGCAGUGGCGCGCGGGACUUAUCCACGGCCGCGGAGCGCUCGUCUGGUCGAACGGCAACCGCUACGACGGCGGAUGGGAGGACGGCUGCCCGCGCGGCCAGGGAACCUUCCGCUGGGCCGACGGCAGCGUCUACGUCGGCUACUGGACGCGCGACAGCUCCACCGGCAUUGUCCAGCAGAAGGGCGCCUACUACCCGUCUCCGGCCGCGUCUUCCCCGACGGCGCGUGAUCCCCGCGACGUGUUCGCGAGGGACUUGCCGGCCUUCAUGGGCCGCAGCUCGGAGUCGGCGUCGCCGCGCAAGUCGCUGAAUCCGUCGGCUAACAGGACGGCAAAUGGGCGCGCGAGUUCGGCGUCCGGGCUCAGCAACAGCUCCGGCGGCGACAGGAAGUACGACAAAAUUUGCAUUUGGGAGUUGGACGGCGACAUCACGUGCGACAUUGUGGACGGGCCCGCGUUGGGGGACGAGGUGGUGGCCGCGCGGAGGAGCGUGAGGAUGGACAACGGCGGUGAGGGCCGAGGGCUUCCGCCGCCGUCGCCGGCGCCGCACAUCACUCAGUGGGUGUCACCACGGGAGGCGAAGCGGCAGGGGGAGACCAUCGCCAAGGGGCACAAGCACUACGAGCUCAUGCUGAACUUGCAGCUCGGGAUCAGGCAUGCAGUGGGGAAGCAAGGCCCUAUCGUGCUUGAUCUGAAAUCGUCGGCUUUCGACCCAAAGGAAAAAGUAUGGACAAAGUUCCCUCCAGAAGGCUCAAAAUACACCCCUCCACACAAUUCUUGUGACUUCAGAUGGAAGGAUUACUGCCCACAGGUGUUCCGGACCCUGCGCAAGCUGUUCAAGGUGGAUGCUGCUGACUAUAUGCUAUCCCUUUGUGGAAAUGAGGCUCUCCGGGAGCUUUCAUCUCCUGGUAAGAGUGGAAGCUUUUUCUACCUAACAAACGAUGAUCAGUACAUGAUAAAGACGAUGAAGAAAUCCGAAGUGAAGAUGCUUUUGAAGAUGCUGCCAGCUUAUUACAAUCAUGUCCGGGCAUUUGAGAAUACUCUAGUAACCAAAUUUUUUGGUCUACAUUGUGUCAAGUUAGCUGGAGCAAAUCAGAAGAAGGUUCGUUUUGUCAUAAUGGGAAAUCUAUUCUGCUCGGAAUAUUCUAUUCAUAGGCGUUUUGAUCUGAAAGGCUCGUCUCUUGGACGUACAACUGACAAGCCGCAGACAGAGAUCGAUCAGUAUACAACUCUGAAAGACCUCGAUCUGAACUUCAUCUUUAGAUUGAAGAAGCAAUGGUUUCAAGAGUUCCAAAGGCAAGUGGACAGGGAUUGUGAUUUCCUUGAGCAGGAGAAAAUUAUGGAUUACAGUCUCCUGGUGGGUGUACAUUUUAGAGAUAAUGGAGAGAAGAUUCUAACUGAAGUUGAAGGUUUUAUUGAGUAUGAUAUCAACAACAUAUCAACCCCGCGUCUUUCAAGAGGAAACACAGAUCAGUUUCUUGCUGAUCCAAACAGGUGUCCAAAAAUCAAACUUGGGGUAAACAUGCCUGCAAGAGCUGAACUCACUGCUCAGAAGAGUGACUACGAAUCGCAGCUCAUUGGAGAGCCAACUAGGGAGUAUUACGAUGUUAUAUUGUAUUUUGGGAUUAUAGACAUACUUCAAGAUUACGAUAUCAGCAAAAAGCUCGAGCAUGCAUACAAGUCUUUCCAGUAUGACUCAACAUCAAUAUCAGCGGUGGACCCGAGACAAUAUUCCAGACGUUUUAAAGAUUUCAUAUACAAAGCGUUUCAAGAAGACAAUUAGACAGCUGAAAACACAUUUGACCUUGAGAGCUACUGCAGCCUCCAGGCAUAGAUGCACCUUUAAGUGUCAAAAGAAAGGCCAAGCUGGGCACAAUGCAGUGGGCAUCCCCAAAGCUGUCAAUCAUCUGUACCAGAACGGAUGGCUGCAGCUCGGGUAGAAGCCAUCUGGAUGGUAGAGCUGCUCGAAGAUCUUAUCAUUGUCUUCCCAAAAUCGUCAGGCUCUAUGUAUAUAUAUUUAGCCAUAUACAUACAUAUAUAGAGGUCACUAAUAUUUUGUAGGAUAGGAGAUGUUAACUUAAUGAUUCAACUUACAGAUAGAAAAGUUUUAACCACAAGUGCGCAAGCCAGCCCGGAAUUGUAAAUGUCUUUACCUGAGGGUAGCAUGUAUCAUGUACUAUUCUUUUGUAAUUCUCUUGAUUGGAACAUCUCAACUUAUCCAUAGGAAAUCCGUGGAGUUCACUGUGCCGUACAGAGUUUUUUGGGACCUAGCCGUGAUAACUCAGUUUUGUUCUUUUUUCUUGAAAUGUAUGAUCAAGUUUUGGAUAUUUGCUAACUUCCAAUUAUGCAACACUGAGAUGGGCCCAACUUAGUGGCAGCUGAGGCAUCAGCGUUUGGUGUGCUUUAGAAGUUUAGAGUCAGCUGGUCAUGAUGGCUUGUGUGCAUUCAGCCAGGACACAGAUGGAGCAAUGUUUCACAUUUUGUGUAACUUGCUUCCCUCCAAUGAAAAGGACAUCUUCAUCUGCCAGGUGUUCAACCUACACAUUAUCUCCCUAAAACCAAAACCUGCAUAUUAUGUAAAUCAGUAUCUGAUGAGGACUAGUGUAUGGCAGAUAAGCAAUCUGCAUGCAAGACAUCAGGUCACUGUCCAUUGCACAUGUUUGCUGAUUCCAUAGGAAGAUUGCACUGGCAGGUUUGGAGUUCUGGAUAUGCAUGUCAGCCUGUACUUUUCAGUCAGUCAUGCACAAGAAACU